CUGCCGGCGGAAGUGACGCACUCAUGUCAUGGCUGCGGGUCUGAAUCUGAACCACUGAACCACUGAACCAAACUUUCGUUUCACUCUGCACACCUCGUGAUUAUGGCGACGUUUUUCGGCGAGGUGUUGUCCGUGUAUUCCCGGGCGGUGGAGGAAGAGGACGAGGACCUCGAGGAAAACGAAGAAGAUGAAGAAAUCCGCAGAGAGCUGGAGAAGAAGAGGGAGGUUCAUCUGCAGUGGAGCCCUGAAGUCUCCGAGUCAUUGAAGUCCGGAAACAAGUUGCAGUGUUCAGACUUGAUCCUCGCCGUGGGACACAACGCUGCCAGGUUUCUGUCAGUGUACGUUCUCACCUCCGCAAACUGGGACGCGGUGGGACACGCAUCGGUGUGGAACGAGCGGAGCCGGGCCGUAACCGGGCACGCCGGCGAGGAGUCGGCGUGUGUUUUCUACAGACAGAAGUCAAACCCGACAGUUUUGAUCUGUCAGGUGACUUGCUACGUCGCAGAAGACCAGCUCUUCCAGUGGACAGAAAAGGUGUUCGACUGUCUGCAGCACAGAGGGCUGAAUGUGACCGUGCUGUCAGACAGCUCUGUGGCCGAGUACAAGACGGCAGACUAUCUGUGCUGCAGCUCCGCCCCCUUCCUGCGCUCCCUCCACACCGGAGCGUUCAGUGGUCAGUCCGUCUGCCCGUCACUGGAGCAACCCAACAUGGUUACUGGACUCCCAGCUGCAGUGCUGAACCACUGCGAGGUCCACCGGGUCGCCGCCGCUGUUUACCAGUGUUACAGUGACGUCAUCGGCCCUGACUCUGUCACCAUGGAGACCUACAAGCCUGCACUUACCAAGCUUGGCAAGUCCAUACAGUUGGACCCGUCUCCGAGCACAGACGUCCUCCGCAAGUUCGUCCAAUCCACCAACAUACAGAGUAAUCUUUAUAUCUGAAAAUGGCCACGUUGCACGCUGUACAGUGCAGUUUAACUCUGUUUUCCUGUGUAAAAAUACUGUCAUUUUUUCAAUAAAGAAGU